CUUUCACCACUAACAUCGGUUAAUAACUCCUGCUAGCUACUGUACCCCCGGAGAGAAGGUUAGCUAGCAGCUAGCCGCGUAACCUAGUUCAUAACAGCGUUACAUCACUUUGGGUCGUGUCCCACCUGGGAAACUGUGGCCUAGAGGAGCAAAAGCUUAGCAUUUUAAUGCGAUACUGUGACAUUACUACGACACAACAACAACACAAAAACAAAGGGCAAACGCUGCUGUGACAUUGCACAUUUGUUUUGUUUUUUUCCGAAGGGGACUGGUUUCAUCGUGCCCUGAUUUUUAGCCAAAAGAGGAGUCAUGUCCUGUCCAUGCACUUCGGCUGCCAGGUUGUUCCUUAACACAGCCCACCGAGGAUUGUCCUGCUCCCGCAUCCAGUUGUUUUCUCUGAGUCGUCAUGGGUCUCGGGAAACUCACCUCCCUCCCCGGGUCAGGGUGAGGUCGUUCUCAGAGUCUGCGGUCUGCUAUGCCGCUAAAGAUGGGACAACAAAGGACAGUGGAAGUGAUGGUGGAAAGAAAAGCGUCAGUGAGGGGAAAAGACUCUCUGGCUCUGGUGGUUCAGGAAAGGGAGGAAGCCAGCUACGCUGCCCUAAAUGUGGAGACCCCUGCACACAUGUAGAGACCUUUGUGUCAUCAACACGAUUUGUCAAAUGUGAGAAAUGCCAUCACUUUUUUGUGGUUCUGUCUGAAACGGACUCUAAGAAGGGGCUAAACAAAGAGCCUGAGUCCGCUGCGGAGGCAGUGAAACUGGCAUUUUCACAGAAACCGCCCCCUCCCCCUAAGAAGAUAUAUGCUUACCUCGACAAGUUUGUUGUUGGCCAGUCAUAUGCUAAAAAGGUGUUAGCCGUGGCUGUGUACAAUCACUACAAGCGUAUCUACAACAACAUUCCUGCUGGGAGUCGACAGCAGGUGGAGGUGGAAAAACAGCCUUCCCUCACACCCCGGGAGCUAGAGAUGAGAAGACGAGAGGAUGAGUACAGGUUCACAAAGCUGCUGCAGAUUGCGGGCAUCAGUCCUCAUGGAAACGCUCUCGGGGCGUCCAUGCAGCAGCAGGCCAGCCAGCAGGCGCCUCAGGAGAAGAGAGGCGGGGAGGUGCUGGACUCCACACACACCGACAUCAAACUGGAGAAGAGCAACAUCAUACUUCUAGGUCCCACUGGCUCAGGAAAGACAUUGUUGGCACAGACCCUGGCACGUUGUCUGGAUGUUCCUUUUGCGAUAUGCGAUUGCACCACACUAACUCAAGCUGGAUACGUGGGAGAGGAUAUCGAGUCAGUUAUUGCCAAACUGCUGCAAGAUGCCAACUAUUCAGUGGAGAAAGCACAGCAAGGUAUUGUGUUUCUGGAUGAGGUGGAUAAGAUUGGCAGUGUGCCUGGAAUCCAUCAGCUGAGAGAUGUAGGAGGAGAGGGAGUCCAGCAGGGGUUGCUCAAACUGUUGGAGGGCACCAUCGUCAAUGUUCCUGAGAAGAACUCCAGGAAGCUGAGAGGAGAAACGGUGCAGGUCGACACAACGAACAUCCUGUUUGUGGCAUCCGGUGCUUUCAACGGACUCGACAGAAUCAUCAGCAGAAGAAAGAAUGAAAAGUAUUUGGGUUUUGGAACUCCCUCCAACAUGGGGCAGGGCCGUCGUGCAGCGGCCGCCGCAGACCAGGCCAACACCAGCGGAGAGACAGACACCCUGCUGGAGAUCGAGGAGAAGGACCGGCUGCUGAAGGUCGUGGAGGCCAGAGACCUGAUCGAGUUCGGGAUGAUCCCAGAGUUUGUGGGGCGUCUUCCUGUGGUCGUCCCUCUGCACAGCCUGGACCAAGAGACGCUAGUCCGAAUCCUGACGGAGCCACGCAACGCUGUGGUGCCCCAGUACCAGGCUCUGUUCAGCAUGGACAAAUGUGAACUCAACGUGACCCCAGAUGCCUUGAUGGCCAUAGCCAGGAUGGCUCUGGAGAGGAAAACCGGGGCUCGUGGGCUCAGGUCCAUCAUGGAAAUGCUCCUCCUCGAGCCCAUGUUUGAGGUGCCACACUCUGACAUCAUGGCUGUUGAGCUGAACAAAGACAUCGUCCUGGGAAAAUCACAACCCAGAUAUAUCAGAGCUCCAGCCAAGGAGUCUACAGAGGAGGAAUACGAUUCGGGCGUCGAGGAGGAGAACUGGCCUCGGCAGGCGGACGCUGCUAACAACUGAACCACAUGUCUCUCAUUUCACCUAAAGACAGUCUCUGAAACCAUUAGAUCACUAUGAACCUUUGGACACCCCCGACAAACAAGCUGUGGACACCGUAGUAGAAGUAUUGAAGGCUGGUGUUUUCACGACGAGUCCUUUGGUCCCGUGCAUCAGAAACGUUAAUUCUCUAGCGGUGCACUCGCAGGGUGGACCUUAAUAAAAUAUUUCAAUCUCUGGGGAUUGUUCAAAUUUGUAUCUAUAUAAAGAUAAUGCAAUUUUAUUCAUGAAAGGAUCUGUAGCUAGUUUAUUUGUUUUUUUCUUUUUGUGGUGACGGACUGUAAAGGCAAGGGAAGCAAAUGGAAACGAUGGGAUCAUACUGUACAUUUGAAAAAAAGCUGAAAAAGUGUAGAAGUGAUGUUACCAAGUCAAGUAAUGCCUUAAAUCAAAAGGGCAUAUUAUUCCACGAGCACAUCAAUAUGUUGAUGUUGUCUUCUUUACCACCAUUGUAAUAAUGGUGUUCACAGUAGAACUGGGCUGUAAGUGCUGCUGACGUAGCAUUUGUAAGCAGUUUGUAAGCCUUGAACUUUAAAUAGAUGAACACAUUGUGAAGUGUAACGCACCAGCAAACUAAACAAGCAGGUUAAUAAUAAUAAUAAUAAUAAUAAUAAUUAUGGUGACCUUUAAAGCAGCAAGAAUGGUUAUUUUUCAGUGUUUUGCUUCCUCUUGUAGCCCAGUCUUUAGAGAAUGUAUCGGUUUGCUCGCACACCUCCUCCCCACAGGACUCUCUGCAGGAUCAGCAGGUAGAUGAACAGAUAGCCUCCAGUACCUGACAAAAUCACUUUUUAAAAUGGUCUACCCAAGCUUUAUUAACUAAGGAUAAUCUCUUCCAGUUGGCUCUGAACCUGCUGUGUCAGUCCCCCCUCAGAACAGCACAAGUAUUUUUAUUUCUUUGUGCGUACCCCAGUGUUGGAAACUCACCUCUCCGUUAGUGAUGUAAUAUCCUGUUACUAAAGUAUCUCGGUGCACCCGUCUGUAAUCAAGCCUCGUUGCUCUCUGACAGAUCUGAACCACGCUGCUGUACCCUUUAAAACGCUGUCUGUGCUAUAACAUGAGAUUAAACUAGACCUGUUCUCCCUUUGCUUUUAAGUUUCCUUUUUCUUUUAAGUUAAGUUUAAAACUGCUUUUCCUGUUUUCAGAGGUCUGUUACCCCCCCCACCCAAGUUUGUGAAUCCAACAUUUAUUGUGAUUGUUUAAAAUAUAUAAAUAAAAUGUAAAUCUCUGUACAAUA